CAUUGGAAAUAGCUCACAUCGUCAGCGGCAAGCCAGGGAGCAGAUCAAGGCUGCGUCAGGGCCACGUAUACCUGCAAGGUGUCUGACACCAAAAUGAUCACUAUGAACGGCAAGCAGCAUUUCUCCAUGCACCCGGCGCUACAGGAGCCCAAGUACUCUGCCAUUCACUCGAAUUCGGAAGCCAUGCGUAGGGUGUGUCUUUCGACUCCACAGCUGCAGGGCAAUUUAUUUGGAGGCUUCGAUGAGAGUCUGCUAAACCGGCCCGAAGCGCUGGCGGCCGUUGACAUAGUAUCCCACGGCAAGAACCAUCCGUUCAAGCCAGACGUGACCUACCACACCAUGAGCCGAAUGCCCUGUACAUCCACACCCUCCACGGUACCGAUAUCCCAUCCAUCCACACUGACCUCAACACAUCACCACCUCCAUCAAAGUUUGGAAGGGGAUCUUCUGGACCACAUCUCCUCGACCCUAGCUGUCAACGGGAUGGGGGCCCAGGACCAUACUGUGAUGUCAUCACAAGUCCAUCAGCAUCAUCUCCAAGCCAUGGGUCACCUACACCAGAGCAUGGGACACCCACACUCCCUGUCAGCGCACGGUGGGAUGCCGAGCUUUAGCGAUGUGCAAUCCGAUCCCCGUGAACUAGAAUCGUUUGCCGAAAGGUUUAAGCAGAGGAGGAUAAAGCUGGGGGUCACCCAGGCAGACGUCGGCUCGGCCCUUGCAAACCUGAAGAUACCCGGAGUCGGGUCGCUUAGCCAGAGCACAAUAUGCAGGUUCGAGUCUUUAACGCUCAGUCACAAUAACAUGAUCGCCCUGAAGCCAGUCCUCCAAGCGUGGCUGGAGGAGGCCGAGACAGCAUACCGGGAGAAGAACAGCAAACCAGAACUUUUUAAUUGCAACGAGCGGAAACGAAAACGCACCUCGAUAGCCGCGCCGGAAAAGCGCUCCUUGGAAGCGUAUUUCGCAAUCCAGCCUCGGCCUUCUUCGGAAAAAAUCGCGGCGAUCGCGGAGAAGCUGGAUUUGAAAAAGAAUGUGGUUCGUGUUUGGUUUUGUAACCAAAGGCAGAAACAAAAAAGAAUGAAAUAUUCAGCGGGCCAUUAAAUUUUAACAAAACAGCUGUAGAUGUAUCGAGGAUUUGCAAUUAAAGCUUUCGAAGAACUCUUUUAUUAGAAUGGAUUUUGGUUGAAUUAUAUUUUGUCUGUAUUGUUUCCCUCAGGUUAUGGACAUACAUUUAUUUAAGUGAAUAAUUUAAAAAAUGUAUCAUGCACUAACAAACUACUCGUCACUUUAAGGAAGGUCGUUGAAGUGAAGCUACUUUUAUAUGUGUAUCGCAUACAGAUUUAUUGCAUCAGAAUGAACUAAAUGCAUCUUUUCUGUUCAUAACUCGACUGAA